AUGCAAUCAUUAAUCUAAGCUUUUCAGCAGAAAAUAUCCUUGUCUGCUUCAUUUGUUAAAUAAUCUACUCCAUAAAUAUUAUUUGGCAUAAGUCUACUUUCUUGUUUAUACCUUUUAAAUAAAUAAUAAAAAGAGGAAAACCAAGUUGAACCUGAAAAGAUUGAAAAAAAAUUAAAAAAAAAAGCAUCCAGCCAAAAACAUCUGGAAGAAAAUAAGCCAUAAUAUGUCGAUGUGAUACAAGAUCUGGUAUGAAUAGUUUAAUUUAAAAGAAAAAAAGCUAAAAGAAAUUAAACAAAAAAAUUAAUAAGCAAUUCGAUGAUUCAAUUGACAACACUGAAGAAAACAUACCAAGAUCACCUGAUUAUAGCGUGGUUUCAGAAAUAGAUUAGAAAUACUUUUUAGAGCUGAUACAAAAUUAAAAAAAUACUAAAAGAGCAUACUAAACUGAUUGCGAAUCAACACCCGUGAUAUCAUUAAGAGGGUAAAUUUCAUGAAAGACUUUUUAGAUUCAGGAGAAAUUAGUAAUUGAUAGGAGAAGAAGAUAAAAAAGGAGAAGAUAGAUUGUUUUAUAUUCUGAAAUAACGUGUCAUCGAAUAAGAGGAGAAGGAAAAUGAAAUUGAUGAAGACGAUUAUUGA